CUGUCCAUUAGAAAGCUCCUCUUCGCCCUCCACUCCUCCACCUGUGCUGUGCUAUCCGAACCAGAACCCAAUAAAAUUUCCCUUCUCUGUUCAGCCUUCACAUAUUCCUUCUUCCCAAAAAAGAAACAUACUUGCCCGUCCAUUUUGCGAACGAACAAGGGAAAACAAAAAUAAAGAGAUCUCGCAGACUCCAACUGACCAGAAGAUUUACUAAUCACGAUGUCGGAGGAGACGAUUUCGAAGUUUCACAUGGCCAUGUUUCCAUGGUUCGCAGUUGGUCACAUCACCCCAUAUCUCCACCUCUCCAACGAACUCGCCAAGAGAGGCCACAAAAUCUCCUUCUUCUUGCCCAGGAAAGCACUAAUUCUCUUGGAAAACCUCAAUCUACACCCCAACCUCAUCACCUUCCACCCGCUCACCGUCCCCUCGGUCGCCACCCUCCCUCCAGGGACUGAAACCGCCUCCGACAUCCCCUUCUCCGACUCUCCCUUUCUCGCUGCUGCCAUGGACCUCACUCGCCCCCAGUUAGAGGUCUCCCUGCAGGCCAUGCAGCCCGACUUCAUCUUCUACGACUAUGCCCAUUGGAUCCCUCAAGUGGCCAGGCCGCUCGGCAUCAGGACAGUCUGCUAUAAUGUUAUUUCAGCGGCUGCAAUUGCCAUGGUCCUCGUGCCGGCGCGUGAGGUGACGCAGGGGAAACCGUGCACGGAGGAAGAGCUGGAAAAGCCACCCAAUGGGUACCCAUCAAAAACGGCGGUGCUGCGUGGCAGCGAAGCCCGACCGCUCAUAUUCAUAUCCCUGCUGUCUGGAGACAACAUCACAUUCUAUGGCCGCGGCACGACCGCCAUGCGGGAGUGCGACGCGAUCGCCUUGCGAACGUGCCAAGAAAUAGAAAGGGACUUCUGUGCCUACAUCAGCGGUCAAUACGGUAAACCUGUCUUCUUAACUGGCCCGGUCUUGCCUAAGCCCGAUAUGAAGCUGCUGGAUGAGAAGUGGGCCGAGUGGCUCGGCCAGUUCAAGCCAGGUUCCGUGGUGUUCUGCGCGUUUGGGAGCCAGCACGUUCUUGAAAAGGGCCAGUUCCAAGAACUCCUGCGAGGUUUUGAGUCCACAGGUUUGCCAUUUUUGAUAUCUCUCAGACCACCAAUCGGGACAAACUCUGUAGAAGAAGCUUUUCCUGAGGGUUUCGAAGAGAGAGUCCGAGGAGGAGUGGUUCACGGCGGUUGGGUCCAACAGCCACUGAUCUUGAGCCACCCAUCCGUCGGGUGCUUCGUGAACCAUUGCGGGUUUGGGUCCAUGUGGGAGUCACUGCUGGGCGAUUGCCAAAUAGUGAUGGUCCCACAUCUGGCUGACCAGAUCCUGAACACGAGACUGCUGGCCAACGAACUGAAAGUGGGCAUCGAAGUGGAGAGAAAAGAGAGCGGGUGGUUCUCGAAGGAGAGCUUGUGCAGAGCCAUCAAGAGCGUGAUGGAUGAAAAGAGUGAAGUGGGUCUGUUGGUGAAGAAGAACCAUGCGAAGUGGAGAGAGGUUCUGGUGAGCCCUAACUUCAUGACUGGCUACAUCGACAGGUUUAUUCAGAAUCUGCAGGAGCUUCAUAUGAAAAAUUAGAGGUAGCAGGCUGGCUCGAGCAAAAUCAUGGUGCAGGAUCAACCGAGCUUAACAGGGAUGCAACAGCCCCUUCUUAACGUUAUACAUAUUUAAAUCUCGAUAAGUACUCCAACCUUAUAUGCUAGACUUAGGAGGCACAUCCAUUUCUAUUGACGAUUAGAUUUUCACGUGAAAGCACUAGAUUAAGCUAAUUAAACCCGUAAUCCUGCAUUGAAUACUAGACUAUAGGAGCACAUCCCUAUAGGUUGAUAAUUUAGAUUUGCAAAUGAAAAUUCAAUACUAACCUAACGAAACCUUAUGGGUGUGGUUGGUUCGAAAGUGAGCCGGUAUCCAACUUAAAAUAGGAAACUUACUCUAUGACCACCGAUACAAAAAGAUUAAAACAGGACCAAACUAUUAGGUUCUAAAACUAUCGGUUCUAGGUUCUACCUAGAAAUCAACUCAUUUUAUGUACUUGGUAAUCAAAGUCUUAUAAUAAAAUAUAAAAAUUGCACCAUUUCAAUAUGAAAUUAUAUGAAAUUAUACAUUGGUCAAAUAUUGUUGACUGGUCAUGUUGAAGAUCACAGUUCGAUUUUCGAUUGGGUGCCGAUUUUUUUUUAAGAGACGUCAAAACCUAUUCAUAAUUGUUUUAUUCGAGGAACUAGACUAGUUGAAUUGGUUUUAGAAUUGGGCCUUAGGUAGAGCCAUGGUUUUGGCCUUGGAACUAACAACCGAACUAGUCCUAGAUCCGUUUUAGAUCCGUGGCAAUCAAGGACCCAACCGGUUCUCCCUAGAAUCAACUUUGAACUAGUUGGUACAAGCUAAUUUUGAUCAAAGUCCUGGAUUGAACCUAAACCAAUGCUCACCCCUAACCUAGACUGUCAUUCAUUGCCUCCCUCCCCUUUCGCCCCUAUUUUUCUCUCCCUCCCUUCUCUAGCUCAUCGUUAUCGUCUUCUUGUUAUCAUGAUAGCAUAGAUGAUGAUGAUGAUUAGGCUAACCAAGGAAGUCACCCCACGUGCUCUGCGCUAGCGACCCCAUUAACAUAAUAAUAAUCCAGAAAAAAAUAAAUAGACGUUGAAAGCAAUUGAUGAUAGACAAUGACAAAUGGACGCCAAAAGCAAUUGAUGAUAGACAGCAACGGAGGGAGAGUUGCCAAAGGUCCAGUGAUAUUUUAUAUCUCAAUAAUUGGGAGUAUGAUCAAUAACUAGUAGGUGUUAGCAGACUUGUGGAUGGAUUGCGUGGAUCAUGGCCUGAUUGGGGGAGCCCACGGACUUAAUCAAAUCAACUCAGAAACUUUGUCAAUUUCUAGCCGUGGGCUCAAUUUCUCGCCAAAAAUUUA